AUGUUGAGUGUGCUUGAAGUUGCCCGACACGUCUUUUGGAAUGAUGCAAUGUACGAUCGGAACUUGCUACCACCUGAAGCUGUGUUAGCGAAAUGUCAAACAACAUUGGCGGAUUUGUCGAUCAUGACUGGUGCUGAACGCGUUGCGGUUUUUGAAGAAUGCGGUAUCCAUAGCUCACUUCACCCUUUGUUUCUUCGGGCAUUACAGCGCUUGACGGCACUUUAUGGUCCGGGGUCCAUAGAUGAUAAUUACGUUAUACACCGCCAUCUUAGUGCACAGCAAUGGAGCCCCUUUUUGAACAUUGCACCUCUACUCGGUUAUUCAUAUGCUAACAGCAGUCCAUUUAAGGCGGAGGAUUCUGAGGCACCAAGAGUUACUCAGAAAGGAAGGAUAAGCUUCACUGAUGGGGGUAACAAGUCCAAGACAAAGUACAAUGGAUUGCUGAAUCAAGGGGCAACGUGCUAUUUGAAUUCACUUUUACAAGCUUUGUUUCACAUUUCAGAGUUCCGAUUGACUAUAUAUCAAAUGCCAACUCUGGAGGAGGCGAAGGGGAGUGAUGAUGUCACCAUAAAAAAAGCGAAAUCUAUCCCUUACGCCCUUCAAAGGUUGUUUUGCCUUCUGCAAAAAGGGCACGAGGCGGUGGACACUACUGAACUAACUGAGUCAUUUGGAUGGGGCUCGACGGAUAGUUUUAUUCAGCAUGACGUCCAUGAAUUGACAUGCGAAUUGCUGGAUAACUUGGAAAAUAAGCUGAAAAACGUUCAACAACCCGAAAAAGGAAUCGCGACAACGCAACCGAAUAGCAAUGCCAUUAGCAGACUGUUUGUUGGGGUUUUAGAGAACUUUGUGCGUGUGGAUGAAGUAGGUUAUUAUGGGGCGCGAGAGGAGCUAUUUUACGAUCUUCAACUUGUUGUAAAGAACACAACAAAUAUUUACACAAGCUUUGAGAGAUUUUUUCAGGUUGAGGUUCUCGACGGCAAAAAUAAGUAUUGUCUGGAACGUGAUGGAAAGAAAUCAUACCAUCGUGCAGAAAAAGGAGUGCGCUUGAAACUUACCCCGCCCAUUAUGCUCUUACAUUUAGCACGAUUCGACUACGACAUUGAAAGGGGGGAAACUAAGGUUUUAAGCCGCUGGGAUUACUACAGUAAACUGGAUUUAUCAAAGUAUAUGCCCCAUGCCUCCAAGGAAGAUACCCAAUACACACUUUGUAGCGUACUCGUUCACUCAGGGUCAAAUACUGGGUUUGGACAUUAUUUUUGCUUUUUGCGCUGCUCGGAUGCUUGGUACAGAUUCAAUGAUGAAAUUGUUUCACCAGCCUCGCUUCGAGAUGUUUUUGGGGCGAACUUUGGUGGCUUUAAAAUGAAUUACUGGGGUUCCGGGGUGCCGAACACGACGAAUGCUUAUAUGUUAGUCUACAUCCGGACCUCAGAAAUGAAGCAUUUGCUGCGUCCUGUAGGACCAGAAGAUGUCCCAUGGCAUGUGGUGGAGCAGCUAGAGCAAGAGCAACAAACGUACGAACGGCUCUUGAAGGAGCAGGCUGAAGAUCAUUUGCAUGGGCGAGUUCAUUUUAUACAGCCUCAUGAAAUUGUGGAACAACAAGAUCUACUUUCUUGUCGUUGUCCACGAGGAAAACAGUUUCCAUCAAACAAAACUCUUAGACUUUUAUUAAGUGCUGAAGCCCUCCCCGAAUUUCAAUCUUUUGUGGAAAAACAGUUUGGUAUUCCUAGUUCUGACCAAUUGUUGUGGUACGCAAAUACUAGAACUGGAAACGAUCGUGUUCGUCUACAUGCAAGGGUUACGAGUAAUUCAAUUGUAUCAGAUGUUAUGGGUGGUGAAAAAGAGUGUUGUGUCCUUGUAGUUACUUCAUUCAAUGCGGGCUGUAUAAAAGUGGAUGGAAAUGACGAAUUGGAGUACGAGCUCUUUCAUCACAAACUGUAUAUCCCACUGCAGCUAAAAGUGAUUUUUUUGGGAUGUACAGUCGUAUCCCGUAAACGACGCAUUACAUCUAAAGAGGCUUUGCAGCUGAUGAAACCUUUCAUUCAGAACUCUAUUGCGGUGCUUCCAAAUGAUUCAAAUGAAAAACCCAAUCAUCAUUUGGCGAGAAUAGGUUCGAAGGGUAUAGUGGAGUUCGAAACAGUGGAAGCUGCGUCCGUUGGAUCCCAUUUUGCUGGGGGCGAGGGUGGGGCCUUACGCAACGAAACAAAAGAAAGAGCGGAGAAUGAAUUAUCCGUACUGUGUGAGGAUGAAUACCAAUCUUUUUUUAAAUCUCCAGAGUACUUUCAGUCAGGAGAUAUAUUAGUUUGGCAAGAAGAGACAGCAGAGGAAGAUAAAUGUGAUGUCUUCUAUCCCGACAUCAUAAGCUUCCAGCAUUUUCUUAAAUGUCGAGUUCCCGUAGAAAUCAAGCUCAACCUUCCGCCCGCAUAUCCUACAGUUGUCGACACAAAACUUGCGGAGGACAUGACUUAUGAACAACUUCAAAGGUACGUUGCUCGAUUAAUUGGCGAUCCGCGAAACUACGAUCGUAUCCGCUUUACAAUGUACAGCCCAGAGACCAAACUACCGUACUUUAUGAAGGGAAGGAAGAAAGACCGCCCAACGCUUGCUAAAUUGCUGUCACCUCCUGUUCCACGUCAGACGGGUCUUUCACGAUACCUUUACUACGAGUAUUGUAAGUAUACAGUGACAGAAGUAGAAGCAGCGCAUUCCCUUCAGUUCAAACUAUUUAGUGAAUCUGUGAAGCCUAUUAGCGAGCAUUGGAUUUUAAUGCCGCGUGAAGCUCCAAUAACAGCGAAGGAACUCUUUCGUACGUGUGUACAUGAAAUUCAACAUACAAAAAGCACAUGUUUUCUUUCAGUUCCGACAACACCACAUAAAGUAGGGAGCGAUAAAGAGGGGCAACAAGGAGAUGCAUUCGAAGCUGAAUUAAGUUUUUUCACUGAACUUGUGCCUGAAGAUGCGUGGCAAAUGCUUCGACUUGUGGAUGUUUGGCGCGCAAGAAUUUACAAUGUUUUUGACAAGGAUCACCCGCAAACUUUUGAUCGUUCCACAUUUGAGGAAAGUGCGGAGUACCGUAUUGAAAGAAUUCCAGAACCACGAGAAGGUGUUCCUUUGCAACGCCAAACACUUGUUCAGGUGCAUCAUUUCACAAUGGUUCGUCAACGACCGAAUCCUGUUGAGACACACGGUGAUCCGUUUAGUAUCUACAUUGGCCACGAUGAGCUGGCACCUGCUCUCUUGGGGCGUAUUGCCUUGAAACUAGGCCUCAGUGACGCGGCAGUGGUGGAUUGGAAAAUGGCCUUGGUAAAGGAAAACAGCGUGGUUGUGUUGCUUCCCAACGUACCAAUGGGAAAGCAAUUAUUGGACUUCUGUGAUGUUCAGCAGUAUCAGCCUAACCAGCCGCAUCCACUCAAGAUGGCAUUUUUAGGACUUGAACAUGCUCCACUCUCAAAACGAUCGGUGAAAAAGGAGGGAAAAGUUUUGAUUCUUAAUUAG